AUGACCCUUGGAGGAGGCAGAGACGGGAAGCUGCGGAGUCUGGAACGCCGUGGACACACCGAGAGGACGACCUACAGGGACACGGGAGCACAGCCCUCAAAGAUAAUGCAGAACCUUCCCCUCGAAUCGGGCUCCAACACUGCAGGGUACGCCCCAAUCGGUGUCCCACCUGGUUUGGAGUACCUCAGUCAGAUCGACCAGAUCUUAAUUCACCAGAAAAUUGAGCUGCUGGAAGCCAUCAUCGGUUUUGAGACCAACAACCAGUACGAGAUCAAGAAUGUUCUGGGUCAGACCAUCUUCAGGGCCAAGGAGAACAAUGACUGCUGUACACGCAACUGCUGUGGCGCCCUUCGCAGCUUCAACAUAAAAUUGAUGGACAACAUGGACUGCGAGGUCAUCCAGCUGGUGCGGCCCUUCCGUUGCAACUCCUGCUGGUGCCCCUGCUGCCUGCAGGAGCUGGAAGUACAGGCCCCUCCAGGCACUGUAAUUGGCUAUGUGGUCCAGGACUGGCACCCCUGUCUGCCCAAGUUCUCCAUCCAGGGACCGUCCCGGGAGACCCUGCUCAAGCUGGAAGGCCCCUGUCUUGCCUGUAACUGCUGCGGGGAUGUCAACUUUGAGCUCAAAGACAAGGACGGAGAGCAGUGCAUUGGCCGUAUCUCCAAGCAGUGGAGCGGGCUGGUGAAGGAAAUCUUCAGCGACGCAGAUAACUUUGGCAUCCAGUUCCCCAUGGACCUGGAUGUCAAGAUUAAGGCAGUGCUCUUGGGUGCCUGCUUCCUCAUCGAUUUCAUGUUCUUUGAGAAAACUGGAGACAAAAACCAACGCUUCACCAUAUUCCGCUGA